AUGGAUUAUUAUUCGCCCCCACCAGCAUACAGUGAGACCCCGAGGCCAUUACGGCCUUACGACGGUGCGAACCCCUCUCGAAUCCAGCGCAAGCCCGUAACACCCCAAUUGAAUCCAGCGACACCCUUGGGAAUCGAUAUCUAUGAUUCGACGAAGUAUGGUCGGAAUCUAUCAGAAGACAGCAAAGCGGGGAAAUAUACUAAAAACAAUGCUGCUCAAACUUUAUUGUCGCAAUCGCAGACAAAUCCUAUUCAACCCGCCGGUUUUGAGACCCUUCAAAUCACUCAAACGGGUACAAACAUUGAAAGAACAAUUUCUGCCCCGGCAGCCCCUUUAAAUUUACCAGCCGUCAAUGAUGUUCCCAAAAUCGCGAAUGAAACAUUAUCAGAACAAUCAUCCACUCCAUCCGCAUCCUACGUCUCAAAAGCAUUGCAAGAAGCACGACAUUUUGCGGGAGGACUCAUAUCUCAUCCAUCAGAAAGCACAAAACACUUUUCUAUUCUACGGCAUUCACACGGUCUAGUAUUCUAUCAAGGCUGCUCUACAACUCUUACGGUUUCAAUCUUUUCAGAUGCAGCUUUACCGCCAGAUCGGCAGGUAUGGCUUCAAGACAAAGGAUGGUCUGGAAAUACUGGGAUGCGUCUGAAAGCUUUUUUAGGAAAUAAUAGUAGUUGGAUUAAUGUCACACCGAAAAUUCCUAUCUCAGCAGAGCAACUGAAAGAAAGUGAUGAGCGAGCCUGGCAACGAGAUAUCAAGAAAUUUUUGAAGAAAACAAAGCAUCCAAAACAUAUAUUGCGCGAGACUCUCGUAGUCCGCAUACCAGUCGAAGCAAGCGAUGGCUAUUUCCACCUUGUACUUUGUCAAGGCGAGAAGAAGAAAGUGCUGUGUCCAAGUCCGGUUUUUCGUAUUCUUUCUGCUUCGACAAGUCCUUCUUCAAUAAGAGGUGCGAGUUUGAGUACCUUACCAUUGGAACUUGGGGCUAUGGCUAUAACUGUUUAUGCCAACAAAACAGUUGGAGGAUUGGUUUCCCCAGUUACAUCCACUGCAAUGAAAGUUGCUCAACCUUUCAUGCCUUCUAAAACCCGGAAGGAAGCAGCCGUUGCACUUUAUGGAAAAAGCGGAACAGAGGAAAUGGUGAAAUCGACCAUCACAAAUGGAAAUAUUCAAUAUAAGGGAGUGAGAAGUUUCUCAUAUAAUCAAGCUGGAAGUGGAGACAAUGAGUCGGGACCAAGAGCUCCUUAUCCAAUUUGUUUCAUAGCACGAUCUGAGAUUGAAAUCAAAGACGGAGAUUAUUUCAGCAUGCCUACCAUGACUCUGUCUGGCAUUGCAGAACAUAUAUCUCAUCAACUCCGAGGCCAUUAUUUCGCAUGGAUUCGACGACGUCCUGAUAAAGGAGCACCACGUCUCGAUACGGAUAUCUGGUCUCAAACCGUGAUAUCCUCAUUACCAAUGCAAGCAUCAAAUCUUCACAAAGCUACAAUUAUCGAAGCCAGCAAAAGAAUAUUCAAAAUCCAUUUUAUAUCCGAUUGUUUCGAACCUCAAGUCUACGAGAUGAAGAAUUUAGAGAUCAAAGUUAUGGGAUUCAUACGUCCAGAUGCGUAUCCUGUAUCUGCAAAUGAGAUGGAAGAGGAAUUGGUCGCUUCACUUAAUGAUAUUGUUUUUGCGCAGACAAUACUUGAUCAACCGGUUUUUGCACCAGAAGCGGGGGAAGGGCAAGGCAGAGGAUUGUUGGAGAGAGCUACGACGGGAUAUGCGGAUGUCAGGUUUAGGGCGCAGAGGGAGUUGGAUAGAGUACCUUUGCAUAAGAUGGGGUUGAGGAUGGAGGUUGAUAGAUUGAGGGAAACGGGGGUGGGUGUCAAUGGAUUUUAUGUGGUGAGGUAG